GACAUAAAUAUUUUUAUUUAUUCAUGAAAAAAAUAUAUAGAUAUAUUAUAUAUAUGGUGACUGGUGUUGAUAAAAAAACCUACAGUGAUGAAACCUCAUAAAAAGCAAAUAAGGUUGUUUAAUGUAAUAAACUAAAGUCACACCUAUAUAGAUAGGUUUUAUGGUAGCAAAGAAAAACAAAAUAUAUUUUUAAUAUUUCCGCAUACACAUAAAACUACCUUACAAAUUUUUCGUGACACAAAUCUGAUUUGAAAACAAUAGAUACAUAUUGUGAUGAAAUAAUUUGUUUGUGCGCGGUAGUUACUUCAAAAUUAUUUAUUCUUAAUGUAAUAUAAUUUAUAUGAUCGCUGUGACUAGCUCGAAGCUGCAGUAACCUGCGACCUGGGUUUGCCGCAUUGUUUAUAUGUAUAAUAUUUUUGGAAAAGAUUGGAGUGUAAAAUGAGCUUAACUGCAAAAGAACUAAUCUGUAUGCUGGAGGAAAAAAUACAGUAUGCACGGGACUUGAUAGACAGAUUACAGAUAAUUAAAAUUGUAGAAGGAGUACCUAAAUUACAGAGAAAAAUUCAACAAGAAAUGGACUUUUUAAUGAGAUUAAAAAAAUCAAAAAAAUGUAAAGUAGAACAGUUGUCAUGCUCAAAUCUGAGGCAUCUGGGUGCAAUGGUUAACUGUGCUCUUAGACCAGGAGUAGUAUCAGUUUGUAAAAUAUUUCACAUUAAUGCUGACAGCAAACUUGUUAUAGAUAUAAUAAGUGACAAUGGAAAAAUUUGGACUAAAGUCAUAGCUCGAAAUCCAAAAUCAUUAUCAGCACUUAGUGAAGGAAAUGCAUCAUAUGGAGCAGAUCAAUCAGGGGAUUAUGUUGAAUGUGCACAAUUAUAUCCCUGUAUGUUUAAACCCCCAAAGGUCAUUUUCGAGUUUGUAAGUGGUAUUGAAAAGAAUCUGGCUCAUAGGCUGAAAUCUCAUGGGAUUGUUGUAAGUGGGGAAAUUUUGCCAAACUCUACUAAUUAUUUUGAUGAAUGUUCAGAUUCAUCAUCAGCUGAAGACACUGGUGGAACUAGUACAAAUGAAAAUGCAGGAAUCUUCUCAAAUGAUAUAGACAUUGGUAUUAAUACUCUUAAUUUAGAUGUCACUGCUAUGAUGGCAUAUGUUAGUAACAUGACAAAUGGAUACUGCAAAUACUUGUUUGAACAAGAUGUGUUAACACAACAAGCAGCCUGGGAUGAUGAAAGGCCUGUAAAACCAAUUUUAGAUAAAUUGUUUGAAGGUAAAAGGUUAGUUUGCUGUAGAACGGCUUGGGAUAAUUUUGAAAAAAUAGUACAAACUUUAGGAGGACCUAUGGAGAAGAAAAGAAGUAUGGACUUAAAAGAAUUGUUGACUAUAUACAAUGAUGACUAUGGAGGACCUGAUGACUAUCCCAGACAAAAUUUGAAAGUAAGGGGCAAUGUUCGACUAAGGUCAAAAACAGUAUUCAACUUUGGCCAUAGGAUUAAAGCCCUCACUGUUUCUGCUAAUGUGGGAUUUAUAAGAGCAGCAACGCAACAGGGUGUUAACUAUGCUGCCUUUAUUCACGAAUCAAGAGCUCUUACUGAGGGAAAAGAAGGCAGUGCCACAAAAAUUUUAUGAUCUCAACUAGCUAGUUUUAUUUAUAGGGAUUAUCUGACCUUAUUACAAAUUAUAUCAAGAAAUAAUUGCGUUUUAAAUAAAUACUUUAAAUUAUAUAUACCCUUCUUAAAAUGUAUAUUGUAGUUUCCUAUUAACUGAUAAUAAAAAGACUUAAAUAAAACGUUUUGUUAAAAAUCUGAUGGAUCUAUGAAAAUCUAAAGUUAUUUUAUUUUUAUAAAACAGUCCAGUCAUUCUAGUAAGUUCACCUCGGAAUUUGAGUUACCCAGCUGUAAGUCUGUAAAUAGUUGUAUAUUGACACCCUAAUAGUUGUCUCAAAACCUACAUAUGGUAGGGUGUACGCAACUAUUAAAUUU